AUGCCACACGUUGAGGUGCUCCCGAACUCGACGGCGACCGUCGCACCGGGAUGGACGUAUGUCGUCGACACGGGUUACGACCCCUCCAAGGUUGCCAUCAACCCAAAGAACAAGAAGCGCGCAGCGGCAGCAACGCCAGGCGGUCAGCGCGCCGAGAAUGAGCUAUCUGCACGACAGCAGACGGCUAUAGCGCGACGCAUAGCAGAGCUAGAACGCGACAACGACCCCAAACAGCUUAUCACGGUGCCUGGAAAGCCGAGCGUGCCCAAGACACAGAAUGCAAGGAGGAUCAUACAGUAUCAGCGGCAGAUCAAGCAUUGGCUCGACGACGAAGAGGCACAAUUGGGACAAGCAACGACGACAUCAAGAGGGAGUGUGUCUCAGCCCACAGGAGGAAGAGGAGCAACACAAGCGUCCCGAAGACAGAGCGCCUUCGCUUCCGUGCCCGCGACACCUGCGGAAGCCACCCCAGGACCCGCAGCCAUAGCACAAACGCCAUCACGACUCGAAGACGCGAAUGCUGACGAUGCGCUACUCUCCAUCGACGACUCUAUACCUGCACCAAUCAACCCCGUCGAGCUUGAGGCACUGCUCGCCGCACCGCCGCUCUCGUAUGCUGCAAGCCACGCAGCGCCUCCUCCAGCUGGCGGUCCACCGCAGAGACAGUUCUGCGAUAACUGUGGAUAUUGGGGGCAGAUCAAGUGUCGCAAGUGUGGCGCGCGCGUGUGUGGAUUGGAGUGCAAAGACGCGCAUGAGGCUACAAGGUGCUUGAAAUGGGCAUGA